GGUUAUGUCAGUGAUGUUCUUUAUUUUUCUUUGGAGGGAAUGGGGUUUCCCUGUUGGAUCAUCAAUAAAGCAGUCGAUCUUAUCUCAUUUUCUGCGGGAAAGUUUCGCCGCAAAUGUGGUGCAUAUUUUUCGUGCUAUACUGCUGCUUUUUCUGUUCAAUUUGAAACACGACGUGUUUAGUUUAGUCGUCAUUCUUCGUCGUCCAUGGACAAAGAGCAUUUUGCUUCAGUGACAAAGCAAUCAGGCCUCCUGGUUCUGUGUGCUUUAAAAGUGUUGCCAAGAUGAAAUUUUUGGAAUAUACUCCUUUGGACAGCAUAAAUCUUUUCCUUAAUCAUCUGAGCCUUGGAGAGAGCACUAUAAAUGGAAAUCUUGAAGCCUUUUCAUGCAAGCAAACUGGGACAGAUAGAAAACUCUCUUUCAGCUUAGAACAAGAGAUUCUUGAUUAUCUCGAACAAUCUUCUGAUAGUGACUCAGCGUCGCCUAUGCAGUAUUUGACUAGUAGAUCAAGUCGAAAGACACUGAUCUAUCUUGUUCUUACACUAAGCCACAUGUAUCCAGAUUAUGAUUUCAGCAGUGCUGUCCGAUCCCAUCUCUAUUUCAGAGAGGAAGAAUGGGAUAGUUUCAAGCAAAUAUUUGAGACCUACUUGUUUGAAGCUGUAAGAGAAUGGACUAUUGUGAAUGGGGAAAGUUCCUUCAUGGAUAGCAUGACAAAUGCCAUAGAUGAGGUUGUGAAACUAAAGGAUUGUGAAAUCUACAGCUACAACCCAGACUUUGAAGGCGACCUGUCUUUGGAAAAAGGAGCCAUAUGGUCGUUCAACUUCUUUUUCUAUAAUAAGAAGCUGAAGCGUGUCAUCAGCUUCAGAUGCUGUUGUUUUAGCAACCUUGCUGCAGAGGGCUUCCUAGGUGAUGAGAUGGUGAAAGAGGAGGAAGAGGAAGAGGAAGACUACUUGGUCGGCAUGGACAUGUGACUGAUGGCAUGCAAUGUAGAUAACAAUGACUAGAGAUCUGUACUGUAUGAUAUGCUUAGGCAUGAUGGAAGGGUUAAUUUGGUAGUUCUAGUUAAACUGUCUUGUACAGUAUGUCUGUCUAUGAAAUAUAGCUAAUUGCUCGAUGCACUAGGCUGUAUAAUGUAAGUACUUACUCUCCAAAUAGAUUUCUCCGUCUCAAUGUAUUUCCUUUUA